AUGAAGCGACACCUAACAGUGGAAGUUGGCCUCCAGAACGAAGAAGGAGAUGGUGGGUUGCAGAAGCUCACGAUGCCUGUAACUUAUAUUAAUCAUCCAUACUUUGCUGGUCUUCUCGACAGGGCCAAGAAGGUCUACGGCUACCGCUCCGGUGCCCCAGUUCCACUGAAGCUUCCUUGCACGGUGGAGGAGUUCAUCCAUGUCAAGUCGCUCGUCGAGCGCGAGUCCAGUGGCAGAGGAGGAACGAAGAUGAAGGGACACCUAACAGUGGAAGUUGGCCUCCAGAACGAAGAAGGAGAUGGUGGGUUGCAGAAGCUCACGAUGCCUGUAACUUAUAUUAAUCAUCCAUACUUUGCUGGUCUUCUCGACAGGGCCAAGAAGGUCUACGGCUACCGCUCCGGUGCCCCAGUUCCACUGAAGCUUCCUUGCACGGUGGAGGAGUUCAUCCAUUUCAAGUCGCUCGUCGAGCGCGAGUCCAGUGGCAGUCAGUAG